CUGGGACCAAAAUAACAUCUUAAACAGACUGUGGAUUUAUUAUUUAAGGCACAGAUAUUGAAACAUCCAUGGAUUUAUGCCCAUUUGAAUCUUGCAAGUUCCACCUCACAUCAUUGUGCUACAGAGAGCCCCAGGUAAGUUCCUUCAAAUUCAACUUUAUUUUUUAUGAAUUUAUUUAACUUAGGAAAUUGUAACAUACAAGAUGUUUUACCUACAUUACAAUACCUGUUCUCUUUAUUAAAUAUCAUGUUAGCUAGAAAUACAGCUGGUAUGAUUUCUGAUAUAGUGAUUGGAGAUGUCCUUAUUCUUCUUUAGAUUUUUAUAGGGGGUUAUAUGUACUUUAAAGACUUUUGUAAAAUAUUUUUUAUAUAAGGUCUAUUGUUUUAUAUGUUCUUAGGUCUUCUGGUGAAUCUGGCUUCUAUAGGUUUUUACAGAAAGUCCUCUACUUUCUGCUUCAGGAGACCUUGCUGGACAUCAUGCUAUAUCUACAUGCUGCUUUCUUAUAAUAUAUUUAAGCAAAAUUUUGGAGUACAUUUUGAAUAUAGCACAUAGACAAUAUUUCCAGAAAAGGGCUGGCUUAAUUAUGACACUGUUUUCCAACCCUCAAGCAUUCCAGUGGUUUGGGUUUUGCCAAUAUCCUCUUUGUAAUGGAAAAGGCAAUCCUGAAAUUCACAGUCAAAUUCUGAGGACUGAGAAGAUACCUACUGUACUAAUCAAUAGGUCUUCACACACUGGAAGAGAUACAAUAUAAAAAUACGAGUAGGCCGUUCCAGGGCAAACUGAGAUAAUCUUACUUUGAGUUGGUGCAGAAUGAAAUCUGUUUGGGCUGUUAAGUCGAGAUUAAAAUAGAAUGCAUAGAAUAAGCUACUUGAGUGUAUUGAUGAAGCCAUGUUUCCUGCUUUAAAACAGCUUAAUUUCAAAUAUCUUAAAACAUUGCAUCGCGUCAGAUGUUUGAGGAUAGCGUGCGAGUUGAUGCCUCAGGAAUGUUCGCCUCAAUUUAACACAUUUUCCAAAUGAUUCAAUACUGUUAUAAAAAUUCCCAAUUUUUUUAUCUACAAAAAUUACCAUUGGCUUUUGUAGAUAAAUCACUUGGAAAGUUUUUCUAACAGUAUUGAAUCAUUUGGAAAGCUUAUUAAAUUAAAGCCUUUAUUCUUUCGAGUACACUAUCUGCCAUUCGACAUGAAGCUAUUAUAUUCAACGCUAAUAUUUCAGCUCCCUUUUUGCCUUUUCUGGGUGGCAUUGCAGCUGGCUCUUGUAUUUUUCAAGAAGUCCAGAAGGCAAUUAAGUCUAUCACACGUAAAUAAAAAUGAACAUUAAAUAACGAUGGAGAAAAAUAUGAAUUUAAUUAAGGAACAUAACUCUAUGAAGUUUAUAAAUCUCCAUGUGAGUCCAAAUUUGGUAGAACAUCUGAUUUGUGUACACCAGCUAGAUAUCUUACAAUGAGUGAGAUAAACAGGAAAUACAGUUUUUAAAGGACUGCUAUAGCAGAUUAUAUUGAAAUUUGGCUAGUGCUCAUCAACAAGAGGUCUUCAAUGAAGUAUUGCUUGUAUUGUAUAGUACACUUUUCUUCUAAUUUGUUUUGCAAAUUUUUGCAGCAAUUUCCAAUUUUUUAAAAUAAAUUCCAUACAAAUAUUCCCUUUAUAACAACACACCAGAUUUCUAAAUGAUUUCAUUGUUUUAUUUUUUUCAACAGAAAAGUGACAGAAUUUUCCCACCACUUUAGAUGUGGUAGUGUUCUGAAAUCAAAAUUUAAGUGAAAGCUGGUGGAAUUUACAAUAGAAAAAAAAAAAUAUUUUAAUAACUAUGAUCAAAAUAAAUGAUGGAAUUUACUUGCCUACUUCCAGAAAACUUUGAUAUGAAAUAUGCCCCACUGUGUAGACUAAUUACAGUUUCAUUUCUACUGUCUUCAAAAAGAGACAAAUAGUUUGGGCUAUGCCUGGCAAUUUUGGAUAAACAUGCUCAAUAGUUCACUCAGCAAAAUAGAAAGAGAGGCUUCUGAUUGGUUGAGCUAAUUUCUAGAACAGGCAAAGCUAAACGGUGAUGAUGUAAUAUUGUAAUAUCUGGGGAGUGGAAGAAAAACAGGAUUUUUUUUAAAAUCUUUUAUUAGUUAUGACUACAGUGUUUUAAAUGUAUUACGAUUGAAAAUUAGUCAAUUCAAGCCCGGAAUGCCAUUUUAAGUAUAGCAAAUUAUUAUCUUAAUUUUCAUCAAUGAUUUUAUAUAUACAUAUUAAUAUAUAUAAACAUGAAAAAGUACGAAAUAUUUCUGUGCUUCAACUUCAACAUUAAUUGAUGACAAUGUAUUUCCUUUUAGGAUGAAGAAUUACAAGUAUGUUUUGUUAGCUGUGGUACUCACCAUAAUAGAACAAAUUAAUGCUCAGUCCUGUGUGGUUGAAUCAUUUAAAGUCAAGGACAACUUUGACAUAACUAGGGUGAGUUUUUACUUUUAAAUACAUUUAAAAAAUAAUGAUUGUGAAAUUACCCAAAUUUACAUAAAAAAUGUUUACUACAAUGUGGAUGCUCCCUUUGAAUGUAAAAGCAGCAAUGAACUACCAUUCUUUCUUUUAAAAAAAGCCCAAUGCGCAAUGAAUGAGGCGGGAGUCAACACAAUGUUGGAGGGGGAGGGAGAGGGCAAGGGAGGGGAGGGGAGAGCUAUCUUCCCCUUGCAAGCGCUCUGCCUGGUGGGGAAGAUGUUCACGUCUGGUGUCAGCGUGCAGUGCGUGCUGACAACAGAUGUAGUUCAUGCACAGAAUUGACAUUAGGCAGUCCAGAACAGAAGUCUAGGAUGCCAAUGUUAUAUGUGAUUGCAACUAGCCCCCAGCACACAAUUAAUAUCUCUGAAUGUGCAGUUUUUCAAGCAGAAACACUAUCCAUACUGACUACUACCACCAUGACCACUUCAAAUCACUGAAGUGGUCAUGGUGGAUGGAGUAACCCUUAAACCUUGCUAUACCACUGGCUUUCAAGUCAGCAAACUGGUCCUGUUACCUCCUGGUUUGGUUAGCUCAGUGAAGCUAAACUGAAGACUCUGCAAUUGUGCAGAGCACUUGCUUUGCAAAGACUUCUCAUGGUGCUGCAUUAGGAAGUCAUUAAGCUAACUGGACAGCCACAUAAUGUCUGGGUGAGGUUAGAAGGAGAGGGCUUGCAAAAGAUCUGCAGCUUUUGCAAGAUAUAUUUAGAUAUAUCCCCAAUUUAAAAAAUGCAUAAUUAAAUUCAUACAUGUUUUUCUUUGGGGUAUACUGCUGAUAAAUUUGGGGGAAAAGUUGGAAAUGUAUCUCUCGUAGAAGUGUACAUUGUUCAAAAGGGGUUUUGAAUCACUGGUCUAAAGCACCACUUUGAGUGCCGGUUCCUUCUGAGGAGUACUGCACAUUAAGACAUCAGUCUGAAUUAACCAAUUUUUCUAGCAUAGAACAAAAGAUACCAAACAAAAGAUAACUAAAGAGCUGAAAUUAGGACUAAAGCCCACUUAAACCACUAUAUCCAGAUUUGGAAUACCAAACUGGGUGAGUUCCAGGACUCUCUUGCAAUGCUUCUUUGAAAUUAUAGUGAUAUUAAUGUAUAUCUAUCUUAAGUAAAAGUAAUUUUUAGUAGCAUAAGGGUUUUAUGGAUGGACUAGUGGUAAAUAGCUAAGCUAUUUUGAUUUCUAUUACUGCAAGGCCAGACCACAGGCUUUUAGGAUUUAGAUAUAGCUUAUCCAGGAGUAGGAGCAGUAUUGUUGAGUAUUGCCUCUGAUUGGCAAACACUCCAGUAGUUACCCAAGUUGCAAAGCCUGCUUGGGUUUGGGGUGAAAUUGGUGGUGUGACCUCUAAUUACAGCCAAUAUAAUAGAUUGAGGUUCUGUGUUUGGUAGAAUAUAGUUUUUUUUGUGUGUGUGUUUGUUUUUAACAGGGUCAUAUAUUAUGCAAGAGGAAGCCUUGGGUUAACUAGUUAUGUUAUUCUGGAUUACCUCCAACCACUAGUGGAACUACUGCUGUCGCAGGGGUCACAGCUGCGACCGGGCCCAUCACUCCAGGGAGCCCGGCUGCCCUGCGGACCCCUGCGACUGGGUGCCUGCCGCAUUGAAGGGGUCCAUUGGGUGGUCCAUGCUGUUAGGGCCACCCAAUGGCAAUGAAUAUCCAGGGGGCCCCGGUCAGCACUGCAACGUUGUGCAACCCUGUGAUGACGUCAGACACUGGGAGGAAGUGAUUGUCCCGUCACUCCUCCCAGCUAUUAGAGAGAGCAGUGCGGGAGAAAGGAGAGGGAGUCAGAGUAGGAACUCUGACUCCCAUCAGCCUGAACCACCACUGCACCGCAGGGGAAAGUCACUGUAUGUGUCUCUAUAUGUAUGUGUGUUUGUGUAUGUGUGUCUGUAUGUAUGUUUCUCUGUAUGUGUGUGUGUGUGUGUGUGUGUGUGUGUGUGUGCAUGUAUCUCUGUGUGUAUGUCUGUUUGUGUGUGUGUGUGUGUCUGUCUGUAUGUGUGUGUGUGUGUCUAUGUGUGUGUCUGCAUGUGUGUGUGGGGAGGGGGAUGGAUAUAUGGGGGGUAGGGAGAAGAAGACAUAUGGGGCGGGGAGUAGAUGUAUGGGGAGGGGGGAUAGACCUAGGAUGGGGGCCCAGGGCAACUUUUGCACCAGGGUUGCGUGGUUUGUAGUUACACCUCUGCCUCCAACAAAGAUAUCAGCUUUUAAUUUUCUUGUCACAAAUUUAUUUUUCAAAUCCCUUCUGUACUCUUUCAAUGUUCCAUUUCACUUGUCUUAUUCCUACAAUGCUAACAUGUAAUUUGUAAAUGGGCCAUGUACUGUAUGUUCUCACGUGUGCUCUGCAAUGUGUUGAAUCUCUCCAAAAAAUAAAAUCACAAAAUGAUAAUUUUCUAAAGCAUUUCUUGUAAACAUAACUUUUCUUUUUGUAUUCCUGUGACCAGUAUGGAGGAAAAUGGUAUGCCAUUGGGAAAAAAGACCCAGAAGGUCUGUUUCUUCAAGACAAUAUAUCUGCUGAUUACACAGUGGACGAAGAUGGCAAGAUGACUGCAUCUUCUAGAGGCAGAGUUAAACUGUUUGGGUAAGACACUAAUAUACCAUGAUGCAGUAACUAGAGAACACUGAAAUGAAUAAUUUAUUUGUACAACUACCCAUAUUUUCCAUACACCUGUCCCAUAGAAUUGCAGACCUCACUAUUGAAGAAUAUGGGGGGAAAAUGGUUGUAAUAUUUUGAAAACCGAGAUUUUUGAAAACUGGAUAAAUACUGUAUUUACAAACCAAAAGAAAUGAAACAUAAAACUUUACAAUAUUGGUGUUUUCAGAAUUUAGAUUAGAACUGACUGUUCUCAAACACAACAGCUGUAGUAUAUGUAACUCUGACUCCCUCCCACAUCGCCCCACCCCCAAAAAUACCUAUCCAGAAAAUAUUGCAUGCAGUGUAUAAAAUAUUUAAUAUAUCUUUAUUUUAGGUUCUGGCUCAUCUGUGCAGAGAUGGCAGCUCAGUAUUCAGUGCCCGACCCUUCUGUCCCAUCUAAAAUGUACAUGACGUAUCAGGGCUUAGCUAGUUACUUAUCCAGUGGAGGUAAGUAAAACUCUCUUAUAUAAUACUUUAUUAAAAAAAUUCUAGAUUUUUCUAACUUUAGUGACAUAAAGUCGCAAAGACAAGAGGUGAGUAUUAUGCUUUAACUGUCUUUACUACUCAAUAGCAGCAGAGAAAAAAAACAGGGUAUGAUGUUCCUCUGUAAGAAGAAGGAGGCCUCUUUAGUUUUGAAAAAUGAUAUGAUCCUCAUCCUGUUCUGAGAAAUCAGAGACAUCAUAAGCCAUAUGAAUGGCAUCCUGAUUAUCUAAAUCCUCACUGCUAAAAGUAUCAUACGAAUCAGGUUUCUGCCCGAAAUAAGUUUUUCCACCAGAUAAUACUUCGUCCCGGGGUGAGGGUCUUGUGUGUGAUUUAUUAGCCCACUGUUUUGGUCUGCUUGGUAAAAGCAGAAUUUUAUCAGUUUCAAAAACUUGGUCCUUUAAGGGACACAACAGUCACCAAAACAAUUUUAGCUUAAUGAAUCUGUUUUGUUAUAUAAAUUGUGCCUCUGAAGUCCACUGCUCAAUUCUCUGCCAUUUAGGAGUGUAAUCACGUUUGUUUCUGUUUAUGCAGUCCUAGCCACACCUCCCCUGGCUGUGACUGACAUGGCCUGCAUGAAAACAAAAUGGUUUCAUUUUCAAUGAGAUGUAACUUUAAAAAGUUUUUAUCUACUGCUCUGUAAGUUGAAUUUUAGUUACAUACAGGAGGCCCAAUGAACAGAGAGACUGCAGUUUCAUGAUCUAUACAUCAAAACUGUUUCAUUACGCUAAAGUUAUUUUGGUGACUAUAGUGCCCCUUUAAAGCAUGUAAGCCUUUUCUCCUCUUAGAAGAGGAGGGAGCGUCCAAAAUGUGUUUGCAUUUCACAGUACAUUUGCUAGGAAUGACAGAAUCAAUAGAAUCUUUGUCAGAGUCAAUUAAGGAAUCAUUUUUCUCUGAGGGGGAAAUAGUUAUAUUAGCAUGUAAAUGCUCUUUAGAAUGAGAUAAAGCAAAGGAAAAAGACUUAGUCAAAGUCUAUCGUGCAUGUUAGCCACUGCUGAUGAAACAGCUUGCUGAACAGAUUUUUUGCACAGAUUCAUCUAAUAAAACUUUAAUCUGUUCUUCAGGCAUAUGUUCAUAUUUUACAUCUGUCAGGUCCUGCAGGGAAUGUUUAAUUGAAAUAAUAAAAUAGUUUUAAAGGGAGAGAGUAACUAUAUUCGUCUGAGGAAAUAUGUAACACAAAAUGAAACUAUGGGGCACAAAAAGGAGCAGGUAAGUUGUAACAACUAUUGAAACAAAAAUAACGAGGUAAAUCUAUUCAAAAACAGAAUGAAAUUUAACACUCUGCCGAGUGGUGGCACAAAUUCCCGCUACUGGAGAGAUUGCAAGAUUAAAUUUGCAGCACUCGCAAUGCUGCCAAUUAGAAAAGCACUGCCGUGCAUGCAUGAUACAUCGCAAUCAAGAGAUUUAGACUCCAACAAAAUGGCAUUGGAAUGUGAUCUCAACUGACAGAAAUAAUUGAUGAAAACACCAAAAUGGUGAUUAUAGGAGUAUAGAACUAAGGAGGACGGGGAGAGUGCACCCAGACUUCAAAGAGAUGAAGUGGUUUGGGUGCCUAUAGUUUUUCUUUAAAACCAUAAUGGCACUUUGGCAUUUAUUUGAUUUUGUGUGGAAAGGAGACUGUAACUUAUUGGAGCAAGACCCUUCGCCACUAGGGAUAUUACAGAAAAUCAUAUCCCAGAGGAUCCAGCUCAGUGCUAUUUUACCCCUUACUUGUACACCUUGUUAACUUAAGACCUUGUAUUAUCUUGUUUGGAUGUGCUCCUCAAAACUAUAUGUGACGGGGUAAAUAUUAGUGUGCAUAGAUUUCAAUGCCAAAAUACCAAACAAUUUAACUUUUUGUGAAUAAGUCUAGAGGAGUAAUUUCAAAUUACUCACCUUUAUUUAUGAAUAUGGUGUUCAUGGGAUAUCAGUCAGCAUCAAUGCAAAAUUGCACUGGGUAGUCUUGAAAGGUUGAUUAUAAAACAACUAUAAUAGUGUAUAGAGUUAUUUGUGCUGGAGCUUUCAAUAUCUUUGAUUUAAUGUCACAUUGCAUUCAUGUUUACUUCUUACAGGUGACAGCUAUUGGGUAAUUGACACAGAUUAUGAAAACUAUGCAAUAACAUAUGCCUGCCGCACUCUUAAAGAUGAUGGAACAUGUGAUGAUGGAUAUUCUAUUAUAUUCUCCCGUAAUCCAAGAGGGCUUUCACAAGCUAUCAUGAGAAUUGUUCGCCAGAAACAGGAGGAAAUCUGCAUGGCUGGUCAAUUCCAGCCUGUACUUCAGUCUGGUACGUGUUGAGAUCAAAUUUAAACUUGGGGAGGGGGCGGGGGAGGAAUCAGAACACUUGUUUUGGCCUUGAUGUUCCCUAUGGUGUUAGAAAAUAUGCAGGAACCAUUUGUCUUUAUGUUUAUAAAGGCAUAGCUUUUCUUAGCUCAAUUUAUUUUUUGAUACGUAACUUGAUUGUGAUAAAUUUGUUUUUUACGAAUCUGAUUAAUUUGUUUCACACCAGGCUAUUAAAGGGUUAAUCCAAGCGCCAUGACCACAUCAAUUAUUUGAUGUGGUUAUGGUGCAAGGACCUUAUAAUGCAGCAUUUCAUUAUAAUAAGUAUUGCAAAUACUUACCGAUUUUAUAUUGCUGCCAGGUGUCUAACUUCACUUCUAGCAGCGUCAUCACCUGAAACAAGGGUCCCAGGCUGGUCACUGUCACGUCUGUACAUAAUCCAUCCAGAGAAGGUCAUUCAUUUGCUAAGAGUCCUAAGUUGAUGUUCUUAGCCAAUGAAUGAUCCAUAUCUGCAGAAGCCAGAUGUGGCACUCCAAGUAAGAGGCAAUCCAUUGCAAAAAUAGUUUGUUCCAUUACCAGGGAACAGCGCCAGGGUACUCCUAGCAUCAUAGUCACUACAGUGGGCUGCUUUUAACCAUUUAACAAUUAAAUAUUGUAGAAAAAUUGUUAAUAUUUCAGACAACUAAUCAGGGCUAUACAGGCACUACAUAAACUGAAAAAUAAACAUAAAAAUGCACACCAGUAUUUUCUGCAACAUCUAUAAUGUAUUAGGGGUUCCAGUAACAUAUUUUUGCAUGGGAGACUUUGAAGAUGUGAAAUAUUCAUGAAAAUUCACAUAGUGCCGUAAAAAGUCAUGUCGCUGCUGAAAUCAGAUACACUUGGACUUCUAUUUAAAUAUCUAUGCUGUUAACCAUCUCACGCCACAGGUUAUCUUCCAACCAGAAGUGAGCUCACUGAGUAGAAAGGGAAAGAAAAUGAAAUAGUAGACCUAAGCAUGUAAAUUAUAGCUACAAACAGUGACACUUCAUAGUUAGUACAAAUAGUAAAAAAAUAAGACAUGCUAAGGUCCUUGAGACUUUAGCAUGUUGCAAGGUAAACCUAAUUACUAGCUUCCACACUACAUUUAAAUAAUUAAAUAACUGAAUUUAAAAAUUGUGUGGACCCUGGGACCUGCAUACAAAACAGGAAAUAUCUACUGAGUGGUCUCUUUCUUUUUUCUUUCUCCAAUGAAAGGCUGCAGAGUGGAGAGUAAUAUAAAAAGGGGCCUUGGGGAUUACCAGUCUCCUGGACCUCAUUAUUAAAAUGAAGUGCCUUGUUAAAAGGAGAUGUCCAGUCUCUUAUCUCACUAGACAUAGAUAAUGCAUAAGGGAUUAACCCCUGACAUGGACCCUCCAAUAUUGUAGUGGCAAGUGACUUUUAAGGCCGGGCUAGUGGUGUGGGAUCUGAAAUUUCAAGCCCUUAUGUAUAUCAUAAUUAAAUACAAGAAAACAGGCACUACAUGUGGCGGGAAAAAAACUUGGUUGCCUUUUAUAUGUCCUGAUUCUUUCUAUCAGGGUAAUUCCCUGAUAUGAGAUUGAAAGUGAAUUUAACAUUUAAGGCCAUACUAGAUGAAUUGGAAGCACAGCACAGAGCACAGAGAAUGUUUCCGAUUUUUACCAUGAAUUCAAAAUUCUCUUUGAAUUCUUACUUUAGUGAAUCACACUCUAUAUGUUCUGGAAGACUUUAGCCUUGAAUAAAUUAGAGCCGAUCAUGUUUAUUGGCUCCCAAUAAGACAUUUAGUGCCCUAGAUCGAUUCCAUUACCGCCAUUAAAGGUAAAUAUCGGUUUAAAAUUGAAACUUAUAUUUCACAUUGGAAAAUAUAAAGGGAAACUAUCGUGUUAGGAAUACCUGUAUUCCUAACACUAUAGCUCCCUCUGCCACCCCUCACUUGCGGCACUCCCUCUGGCCAGAAAGGGUUAAAAUCUCUUUAUUUACUUACCCGAUUCCACUGGCAGUCUCGGCACUGGGUUGGUGCUCCGCCUCCUCCAACGUCAUUUGACGAGGUACCUUAUACGCAUGUGCGGGCCAUCGCCACAGGAAAGAUUUGCUGGAUCCUCUCAUGCAGAGCGCGAGGACAUUCAGCAUUAGUUAGGCGACCAAAAGUUGCAUAACAAGCAGGAAAUGCUUCUAGUGGCUGUCUUGUAGACAGUCACAUGAGGCUUACUUAGUGCGGCAAUGUAAAUAUUGCUGUUUCUCUAAAACUGCAAAGUUUUACAUUGCAGGACUAAACGCAAUAGAGAAACUGCACCCAGACAACUUCAAUGAGCUGAAGUGGUCUGGGUGCCUAAGUGUCAAUUAUGAUCACGUGAACCUUCACAUUUCCACCAUAUGUGGUAGAUGGUUCCUGCUGUACAUCACCAUGGGUGUGGGCUGAGAGGGACAUUAAGUCAUCCCAGCUUAUUUUAAUUAUAUCUGCAACUCUCCAGCUAUGGGUGGGGGAAACUAAGACUCCACUAACUUUUUUAAUUUUUUUAUUUAAUAGUCUUUCAACUGAUAGGCCAUAGGUGAGUGUCAGGGGCUGGACAGUGACAUUUAAUUCACAGCCCACAGUCUGUGGCAUGGGUGGACCUUUUAUUAAUGACUUGCUAUUGGUAGAUGCCCAAUAGUUUUAUUUAUUACAGUGACUGCUCACUAUUUAAUAGACAUGCUUCCAACCACAGAAUGGUGGGCGGGGCAUUAAGGAGGUGUUAAAUCCCCCUUAUACUAACAUGGGGGAUAAUGAUCCCCAUAGGAUUUCUAUGAAUUUCUUUUAAUGACUAAAAGUGUUAGUCAUUAAAAAAAAGGUUGAUAAAUGUGCUUCUGAUGAACAUUUAUUGGUGGUUUUAUACUGAGCUGCAGACCUGUUUAUCGAGUUUGACUGCUUGAAUUGACAAAAAACAGUCAAUAAUUAUUGAUUGGAUUUAAUCGAUAUAAUUAAAUUGAGACCUAUGUGAAUGACCUGCUAAGUAAAUGAAAUCUUAUUCAGGUAUUUAGUUAAUAAGAAUUUUAAUGUUUGUUUCAAUUUAUUUAUGAGUGAUUAAUCUUGCAAAAAUAUUAACUCAUAGGAGCCUGUUAGAAGAACGUGAAUCAAACAUCAUGCUCCAAUAUGGAAAGGAAGGAAGAAGGAUGCAAGAGAAAAGUUUUAAAAAAUGCAAAAUUUGCUCAAGUUUCAGAGAAUUUUAUUUUAUCUUUUUUUGUAAGCAAAUGUACACUUUCUGUCAAAAAUAAAAUGGGCAUAAUUUAGUUAUAUGUGUUAAAAUUCCUUGACAGCAUUUUUUCUUUGUCAUAGAAGUUCUCCUAUGUAUUAUGUAAUGAAAUUGAAAUGGACAGCCAUCUUAUCAGGAGCAGAUUGUUUGACUUGAAGUUUCUUAUCAGGUGAUGCGCACACUAGAAAAUGGCUGACAAUCACCUUUAACCUCUGCUUAUACAAAAUUUUGCGAGCAGCACUACAACCAAAAUUAAUUUGUUAAUAUUUAAUUUACUAUGAUUGAACUCAAGCUACCUCAGCUGUAACUGCAUAGAAAAACAAACUGACUGCUCAAAAUUAAUACAUGUUAUUAAUAUGUUAUCAGAGUAUUAAGCCUGUCAACAUCAAAAUAACUGGAGGAUACACUACCUAUUUUAAAUGUUAUUAUGCACAAUUUAUUUAAUUUCAGUAGUUUGCCUUUAAAGGCUCUCCUGUGAGCUUUGUAGAAAAUAAUAAUUUAUUAUUCGAUGUCUUCAUAAGAGCUUAUGUAUUUUUUAAUUAUCGUUCAAUGUAUAAUUUGGAUUUAUGUGUUUAAAAAAAGGAAUAGAGCUGUAUAAAAUGUUUUUUUUGUACAAUUCGUAUGCCUUUGUCAUCAUCAUACAUUGAUUGUUGAUCAAAAUGUCUUAUUGUACUUAAUUAAAAAGAAAUAUUCUUUUAUAGCUUGUUUUACACUACUGCUAGUUUAUUUAUCAAAAACGCAUUUCUACUUAUAACUGUCAAUCAAGUUCUAGAUGUUAAAGUUUUAUCAUCAUUUAUUAUGCUACAAGAAGCAAACGUCAAGAACCUACUGGACUGAAGUCUCCAUUGGAAAAUCUGGAAACAUAUCACAUAGAAAACAAAGGCCUACAUAACAAUCUAUCAUUGGUAACCAGUAUAUUCUUAAGAUUUUCUGCUGCUAUCGUCUGAAUAUUAAAAGUGAUCAAAAUCUUUGUAUUAAGAACUUUUUCAUAGUAACACCACUAAAGUCAGAAUAUAUGCUGAGAGAAGGAUUCACUCUACAUAAACGGUUGAUUGGACAGGAUGAGUACUAAAACACUUUCUCGAGCAAGUGACUAUCUGACGGAGUCUAUACAUAAUCUUAACAUAUACAUGUGGCGAUAGUUCCCGAUCAAAC